AUGUCUGGACUGAUUGAAGGACUUCCUGAUGCUGUUGCAAUAAGGUGUCUUGCACGUGUUCCCUUCUACCUCCACCCAAAGUUAGAGGUUGUCUCUCGUUCUUGGAAAGCAGCCAUUCGUAGCCCAGAACUAUUAAAAAUCCGACAGGAGAUUGCUUCAUCUGAGGAUCUCUUGUGUGUCUGUGCUUUUGAUCCAGAGAACGUAUGGCAACUGUAUGACCCUCUAAGAGAUAUCUGGAUUACCCUUCCCGUUCUUCCCUCAAAGAUCAGGCACCUUGCUCACUUUGGUGCCGUAUCUGUAUCUGGAAAAUUGUUUGUCAUUGGUGGUGGAAGUGAUGCUGUUGAUCCAUCAACCGGCGAUCACGAUGGCUGCUUUGCAACCGAUGAAGUCUGGUCAUAUGACCCCAUAAUCCAGCAGUGGUCCCCUCGGGCUUCAAUGCUUGUUCCCCGUUCUAUGUUUGCAUGCUGUGUUUUGAAUGGAAAAAUUGUUGUCGCCGGGGGAUUCACUAGCUGUAGAAAGACAAUAUCUCAAGCAGAAAUAUAUGACCCCGAGAAGGAUUUUUGGACUCCAAUCCCUGAUCUUCAUCGCACACAUAAUUCAGCCUGUUCCGGAAUAGUGAUUGGUGGAAAGAUGCAUGUACUGCACAAGGAUAUGUCAACAGUGCAAGUUUUAGACAACGCAGGGGCUAGAUGGAUUGUGGAGGACUGUGAUUGGCUUCAAGGUCCAAUGGCAGUAGUCCAGGAUGCACUUUGUGUUAUGAGCAAUGGAUUUAUCAUGAAGCAAGACAAAGAAGGGAAAAAGAUUGUAAGUUCAGCAACAGAUUUUAAACAGAGAAUUGGGUUUGCAAUGAUUGGACUAGGCGAUGAUUUAUACAUGAUAGGGGGUGUCAUUGGACCUGACAGAUGGAAUUGGGAUAUCAAACCAUUAUCAAAUGUUGAUGUUCUAACACUUGGGAGUGAGAGACCAACUUGGCGCCAAACAGCUCCAAUGACGCGGUGCCGUGGUACCAUUGUUGGCUGUACAAUUAUGAAAAUUUAG